GAUUGCAUAAUGUGUUCAAUUGCUUGUCUUAAACACAAUGUGUUUUCAAAACUUAUUAAUUAUUUUAUAACAAGUCAUACACUAUAACGUAUAGUGUACUCAAUCGCCACAUUAUUACCAUUACAUUAUCCGGUUUUUAAAUAUUUUAAAAUGAGAUAAUUGUCUUAAAUGGGAGACAGAGAUCGGGCCGAAAGUUUGCCUCCAGUGGCCGUCGCCGACAAUAAUGUGCCGAAGAGUGGCAAAAGAAAUAAUAAAUAUUUGGAGAUAGCAUUCAUGUCAUGUGUGACGGGAGCCGGUCUUCUGUUCGGCUUUUCCACCGCAUUGUCAAACGCUAAGAAGAAAGACGUCAACGCUUUCGAUAAGGGUAUAUCGAUUGUGAAGACUGUGGGCAACCAAAGUGGCGGAUCUCUGGCCAUGAGAGCCCUGUUGUGGGGAACGGUCUACGCGUGCACUGGUUUCGGGGUCUUCUGUUUCACAGUGUGGAAGGCUAUGGGUGUUAACGAUUUAAAAGAGUUUCGCCAUAAAGUGGGCACAUAUUUACCUCGACUUACGCCCACUGAGUCCACAAACGCGAGGACAGAGUUCGCGUCGCUUAAAGAUUUAUUGCAAUACAUUAUCGAUGAGUCGGACAGAAGUAAGUCAGAAGAUAACGACAAGACUAAGAAAUGA